AGAGAGAGAGAAAGAGAGAGAGGGUGUACGUCCUAUAUGCAGCAGUGAAACCAACCAAAGACUUUCCUGUAACCUCUUCCUACCUCUUGUUUCUUCUCCAUUCAUGUCAAAUGCUUCCAUGCAAGCAAAAAAAGAGCCUUUGAGAGUCUGAGGGUUGAGAGACGCAGAAAGGAAGGAUAAGAAGAAAGAAGAAGGAGAGACAAGGAUAAGAAGAAAGAUGAAGACACACAGAAGGAGAACGGGGGAGUGCAGAAAGUGAGCGAGACACAGCUGCCCAUACAGAGAGAGAGAGAGAGAGAGAGAGAGAGAGAGAGCGAGAGAGAGAGAGAGAAGACAUCAAGAAGAGAAAAGGAGAAAUGCCCUCGCCCCAGACUUCCUCCCUCUCCUUCUUCUGCUCCUUCUCCGUCCCCCUCCUCCUCCUUUUCCUGGUCUCCACCACUACCAUCUCCGCCGCCUCCGAACCCUUCAUUUACGGCGGCUGCUCCCGACAGAAGUACUCCCCCAUUUCUUCCUACCAAACCAACCUUGAUUCCCUCCUCGCCUCUCUCGCCACCGCCUCUGCGUCCGGCCUCUACUCCCAUUCCAGCGCCGGCAAGCCCGGCGACCCCGAUGCCGUCUCCGGGGUGGUCCAAUGCCGAGGCGACCUCCCGGCAUCCGACUGCCUAAGCUGCGUCCAGGACGCCAUCAACCAACUCCGUCUCCUCUGCUUCGAUGCCACCGGCGCCGCCAUCCAGCUCGACUCCUGCUUCCUGAAAUACGAUAACGCGACAUUUGUCGGCGUCCUUGACACCACCCUCAUCUACAAGCGUUGUGGUCCCUCCAGUUACGAUCCUAGCUUCGCCGGACAGAGGGACGAUGCCCUCCGGCAGCUCACCGAUGGUGGUGGGGGCGGCUCUUACCGGACGGCAAGUUCCGGGACCGUCUAUGGGGUGGCGCAGUGCGUAGGAGAUCUGAGCCCGGGGGACUGCUCCAGGUGCGUGUCUCAGGCCGUGGCGAAGCUCAAGGAGGCGUGCGGCUCCGCUAUCUCCGGCGACUCCUUCCUGGGCAAGUGCUACGCCCGCUACUCGUCGUCGUCGACCUCCUCCUCUUCCUCCUUCCCCUCCUCCGGCACUUAUCCCCACUCCAACCACGAUUCAUAUACUGGUGGGGACGAAGCAGGGAAGACGUUGGCGAUCAUAAUUGGACUAUUUGCUGGAGUUGCUCUACUCAUUCUCUUCCUAACCUAUCUGAGGAAGUCUUGCAGUGACGGCAAGGGUUGAGCUCAAGGAGUCAGACUUUGAUGUGCCCAUAUGGAAGUACCUUCGGGAAUAUGUUGCAAUUUGUAACCAAUCUAUGCCUGGAGAUAAAUUAAAGUGGUUAAAUUAAGCUAGUGGGGUCCCACUUUUCUUCCUUGUAUUUUCCUUCUCUAUAUCUUGUUCACAUUCUCAGUCCUUUUCCUUGUCUAAAAUGUCAGAAAUAAUACUGUAUCUUGACAUUAUUGGA